AGAGAAACUGUGUAAUUGGAGUUUGGUGGGGGGGGGGGCGUGUAGAGUAAUGCGAUGGUACUGUGCAGAAAUACACCUUCAUUUAAGGUAAAUUUAUACAAUAAUUAUCUUGCAAACAAUAGCUCAUAAAUUUUUCAAUUAUAAUGCACUCUUUUAUAAUAAAACAGGGUUGACACUUUGUACACCAGUUUCAUAAUGCUGUGGCAAAUUAUUUUGAAAUUGGCUGUUUGUUCACUCUAUUCUUCAAUUAUUCUUCUUUUUAGAGCACAUAGGACCACAGUGCACGUCCGAGUCAUGGGGAAACAGCGGGAGAAAGCCCGGGAGAAUAAAAAUAAACAUGGGCAAGGGAGAUUCGUAAAAAGGAGAGGCUCUUUAAACGAGCAAAAAGGUCUGGCAACUACCUUGAUCCUGUUAAAUUUAAAGCUCAAAGAAAGAAAGUGAAACAUAUUAUAAAGAAAGCUCAUUAUGAUUACAGUCUUGCAAGUACAGCCUUACAAGUAUCUGGGUGUAUAUAUUUGUAACGAUAUGCGUUGGAAUUAGACAGUUGAUCUGGUAGUUGGGAAAGCAAACAGAUCCCUUGGAUUACUGCAGAGAAAUUUUUCUACUUGUUCACGGCAAAUAAGAGAAAAACUUUAUUUUGCGCUUGUGUAAUUUUGAUGAUGAUGAUGGUGACAAUAAUAAAAAAUUUUCGAAAUUCCAAAAUGCAUCAUCUUUGUUUAUUUAAAACUAUUUAUUUAAAACUGUUUAUUUAUAUAAAAUAUAAUUUACUUCUGAAACAAUUAUUAAGUAUGAGAAUAAUUUAACAAGAACCCAUUGCAAGUAUGGAUGUAUUGGAAAGAUUGAAACAGUUAUUGAUCGAUUGUGCUUUGGAUACCAUCAAGGCUUUUUUUCUCGCUGACUAGAGAAUGGUUACUUACAAGUCUGCCAGGAGAGCCUAGAGGCCAGAACCAGAUCGUAACACACAACCUUCGACAUUUAUUAUGGCAAAAGAAUUGUUUCAUUUUGCUGACUGGACCGUGCUGAAAGGGAGAGGGUCAGACUCUAAGCUCUGCUCCCAAAACACGGGCACUUGAAAUGGCCCCCUUUGGUAGUUUUGUCGAGAAUAUGCAGGUAUGCUAGAAUUGGAUGAAGGGCUACUGCAAAGAGGAAAAGUCUCCAGACGACAAGUGUCCCCAAUCACAAGGAAAGCAGAAAAAAGGAAAGUUGCGAGGAGAGAGAGAAAACGGAAAAGCAGGGACAGACAGAAAACAGGAAUACAGCGAUUCUCCUUUGGACGAGUUAUCUUACGGAGAGGCAGAAAGAAUAGAUGCUGCAUCUGGUCCAUUGGCAUCUGUGAAUGAAAAAAAGAGAAAGAAAUGUGCUAAAGGCUGCAUGAGGUUAAAAGAGAUGCUGGAGGAGAAGGCAUGGCUGCAGAAGGCAACUUUCCUUUCUAGGCGUCCAGUUGGCUUGGCAGAUCUUAAUGUAGGGGUAAUUAAGAGGUUUAUUGACCUUAUUUAUGAGUCAUCCAAUGAUCAAAUUAUGGAUUCUCUUCAUCUUCCAGUGUCUAGCCUGAAAUUUCUUGUAGGGAACCGUUGGCUUUCAAGUGAUCUUUUGAACCAUUUUAUCAUGUUACUGAAUAGGUCUUCUGAUGAUACUCAUUGUAUCUACUUUAACGACAUAAUUUUGAGCGACGCCAAAGCUUUUACAAGAUACUCGCUUAAAAAGCCUUAAGAAGAUAAUUUGUUGCUUAAACGUUGGACAACAGCUUGAAAAACGUUUAUUGGUAGAGAAAGGUACAUCGGUAAAAUGAACCCUACUGGAUGUCAUUUUACCGUCUGUGCCUGCUAGAUAGAAAGUAGAGUUUUAUAUUACAGAGAUUCUUGCGCUUGGGACAUUCCAAAAGCCAAGACAGGCAAAAUGCAUUAUCACUGCACAGAAUGUUCUGCAACUAUAGAAAGGAAAUGUAGAUUUCAAAGUCAUUUAGAAAAACAUUUUCGAUCUUCAAAAAGAAUUCAUGCCAUUAACAAAGAUGAUACUGGUUUGAAGAAACUAUCAUAUAAAAAGGACAAACAGGUGUUAGAAGAGAAAACUGUUGUUUCCAGAAGAAAAUUAAACAUUGAGCGCAUAGAAUGUGAUUAUUGCAAAAGAAAGGUUACCAAAAAGAGUAUUAAUCGCCAUUAAAGAAGGUGGCAUAACCAAGAAUACACACACACUGCAGUUUUCAGUGAUAAACACGAAGGUUUCUACAUGGUUAAAAAUACAUCACAUGGGGGUGUGGGCUAUCCUUUGCAGGACAAAAAUUACUUAAAAGUGGGUUAAUCAAUUGUGAAGAUGAAAGGUGUCAAGAAGAGAUGGCUACUGCCUGGCAGUCGGGCAUGAAUGAAAGGAAAUGCAGUCAUUUGAUGCUAGUUUAUAAUCCUUUCUAUCCACAACCGUUUACAUUGAAUGAAGACAAACUAAUUGAAUUGGCCUCUAGUGGUAAGUAUAGAGUUUUGUCUGAGGAAACAGUUAACACAUGCACAUGCAAAAAGAGUAACUAGAAAUGCCAGGAUACUUACCUUUUUCAGCUACUUAGAAUCGAUUGAGACAUUCUUUGUUAAAUGCGACACUUGUAGCAUAUUUUAUAGGUAUCACGAAUACAGUGAUUGUAUCCACAAUUUUGAUGAUGUUCUUCUGAUUGGGUUAGACUUUUGCAAUCUUCUGCGUGAGUAUCUAAAGAAUCACUAAGCGAUAGGCAAAAUAUGUGCUGUGGCAGAGGCUGUAUUCAAGAUCAAGAUCUAUAGCAACCUCACUUUGAAUUCCUAUUUGCAUUUUGAAUGCUUUAUCGAACAUAGUUACAAGUUUAACUGCUUUUUACCCCCAUAUCUUGAUCACUGAUGUUAAUCGUAAAAUUGCAUUUAGGUAUACUCCUCCUGCUGAAAACGAUUUGAAUGAAGAUGAUGCGGAUGAAGUUGAUUCUCAAAAAUUUUGGGAUGACGUUGCAAUGGAGAUUAUGUUCAAGAAAACUAGACUCUCUAAAAAUGGGUCCGAAUCUGUCAUAUUGGGCACCUCUUUUAGGUUAAAAGAGUAGGAUAGGAAGAUAAUUUAUAAUUGCGAGCACCUUAAAGCUCAUAGGGCUGAUUAAAAUGUUGAGGUGGAAUGUAGAGAGAUGUCUGAAGAGAGAUUGAUGGAAACACUGCUUGAGCGCUCAUCCAAGAAUGUAUGAUUGCUUACGGAAAAUUAGGUGUGUCCUCAAAAGGAACGAAACUCUAUAUUAUAAAUGACAUCAUUACUGGUCUUGGUAAGAACAAUCUUAAAUUUUAUAAGAUUUUUCGGAAAAUGUUUGGAUUUUCUAGUGGUUUGUUGACAGUAUCAUCUGAUCAGGGAAUAAUAUAUGCACUCAAAAUUCUUGCUUCACUCUGAAAGUCCAAGAGACUAUAUCACGGACUGACUGAAAUACAGGUCAAAAAUAUUUAUAAAUGGACCACUUGUUGCUGCAUUUGGCAACAUAAAUUUUGACGGUUUCUUUUCACCAAAAGUAGGUCGUGCUGCAAAGGCUACUGCGGAGAACUUUCAAAUGGUGAAUGAAGGAGCCUUACAGCUAUCGUUUCCUUGGAGUAAUUCAUCUGCAAAGCUAGAAAAACUGAUCACCGGUAGUGCAUACUAUUUGGCCCUUUUUGACUGACUUCAUGAGGGAAACAGCUUUAAUGAAGUUGAGGCACUGCGAAGAAUAGCUUGCAUCAAUGAGCUCUGUUGUCAAAAUAAUAGUCAAGUUGCAGAACAAAUUCACGGCUUGUUCAACCUAAACAGAUACUUUCUCAAUAAAAUGUCUCCAUCUAAUCAUAUAUUUAUGUUCCGUUCAAUCAUUGAUUUGACAAAGGAAGCCCAAAAACAGGCAAGUUAUUUCUGAAGUGGGAAGGAGAAUGAGACCUGUUGCUAAAUACGAUAACUUUGGUCCUGCAAUUCUUGCCCAUUCGAGAGAAGAGGACCAAGUUGAUGACGACCAUAGCUCAGACAAAUCCGUUGACAGCUCCUUCAUAGGGACAGCAUUUGUAGAUCCAAUCCCAUGCUUUGAGGAAGAUUAAUUUUCUAAGGAAAACCAACCAUCAAAACCCGACUAUGAAGAAUUUGUCAACAGUUUGUACAGUCCGGCAUUCGCCUGAAUCAUUCCUUAUCUCCAAACAAAGUUUUGAAACCCAGCUAAAAAAUAGGUGUCCGCAAAAUAUCAAUAUCUGAAAAUACAGAGGGGCCUAUUGAUGAUCUUUUUCCCUUAGACAUCAAGGAACCCCUUGAUUCUGACAAUGCUAUUGUAAUAUCUGAUUAUGACCUUGACUGCUGUAAUGUUAUUGAUAGUCAUAAUAUGGUAAUACAUCCGACAGCUAAUAUUCUCUCAAUUGAUAUCACCCCAAAUAUCAGUAACAUUGAAAAUCCAGAGGCUAAUAGUGGAAAAGUUGAGGAGCGUAAAAUUAAUCUAUAUCUUGAAAUGCUGCAAUGGAUAUCUUGCACCAUCAGUUUCCUAGUCUAGAGGAAUUGAACCUAAUUUUUAAUCCUAAUAAAAUGUGGGGCAUCCCUCCGUCCCAAAAUUGUUCAAUUUUCUUGCAGUUAUCAACAAACAAGUAUCACUUUCCUUGAAAAAGAAAAAAGGUAGAAGGUAUGACGAUUCUUUCAUAGCUUGGGCUCUAUCACAUCUAUUCACCACAUCAGUGGUAAGGCUUAUAGGUUUCUUGCAAAAUUGCUGAAUUUGCCAUCCAAAUCUAGUUUGACAGGCAUGGUCUCUAGAUUUGCACCAGAUCUUAGGUUUUCUGAAAAGUCAAUCUUUCUUUUAAAAUAACGAGUAAAUGCCAUUUAUCAAUACUCAAUGAUAAAAAGUUACAACCAUUGUAUGCCAUGAUUAUAAUCGAUAAUAGUAAUAGCUUUCGAGUACACUGAAGAGAGUUAUGUAGUUCAUGUUGGAUUCAUAUUAAACAUGAGAGUUCUAGACCAUUAGAAAAAGAGCCUAGGAAAUAUUUAAUCGAGACCCAUUAGUCGAUGAGAUCCAAAAUUGUAUGGCAAGAAAAUUUUAACAUUUGAUCGUAAAUAAAUACAAAAACUUCUGGGAGUAACAUCCUGAAAAUGUGUCAAAGAGAUCAGAAUUGGUUGCGGCAAACAGAAAUAUGUUGUCAAGCUUUAAAGAACAUUUCACAAUAAAGAACCAAGCUUCUAGAUUAGCCUGCAAAAUAUUGAAACAAGCCCCAUGAGUCAUCUGGGAAAGAAUGAAUGAAGUUUUUUGGAAAAUUUAAGAACACAAACUCGAAUAGACCUGGGCUUGCAAAUUUUUUUAAGCAACUUUCAAUUAAUGAAAGACUAGCUCCCCUACGAAGCCCGCUAUGCGGGCUUGCCAGUGGCCCUAUGUUAGGGUACAUAGAUUAGCCUCGGAGAAGACAGCGGAGUAUUAACCUCAAUUUGAAAAAAUUAGCUUCGCACAGGUCACAUGAUAAAAACAUUACUCGCACUGCUGUGACUAUCGCUUGGAAGGGGGGAGCCUCUACCCCUGCUCCUUUCAGGCGACCCUCUGACUGGAUGAUAACGAUACAGUUGUUUUUCACACAAUAACAUUGUGUUAUGUAAGCAUCCUCUACAGGGGGUCACCUUCUUUCCUCGUGGUCACAAUGGCAGCGAAACAAAUUAGUUUUCCUAGCAUUUAUUUUUACAAGUAACUUCACGUGGUCAGUCUCAGGUCAACCAAUGGUACAGCAGCACAAAAAUCAUGACAUAGCAUAUACAAGUAUCAUAGAUCCUCUCUCUUCUUUAUCACAAAACAAUGUCUUUAAUAAUUUGUGUUGAUGUCCCCCUUAUCUGUCGGGUGGUUUAGUAUGUUUUUUUCUAUACUAAAAUAGAUUUAUCUUUUCCAUUUAGUAGGAAAAAAUGGGAGUAGUGUUUUCAAUAGAUAUAAUUAGAAUUUCUCAUACGAUUGCCUAUAAAAUGGGGGUUUAUCUACACAUAACUAUUAAUUGGCACCUGCAACAGAAGUACGCUACUUUGAAAUAAGACACAAAUUUAAUAAUGAAGUUUGUGAAAGUUACACAUCAUGGUCACACUAAGGUAUGUUUACAGAUAAAUGUAUAAAUAAAUUCUUGUUUACAAAUAUUUUGUAAAACACAUUUUAUUUGGUAAAGAUUUCGCUUGUCAAAAAUGAGUUUAUUUUAUGCACAUAUGAUGAAGUCUAGAAUGUGGUUACAAAUAAAUGUAGUCUACUGUAUAACAUGCUCUGAUUUUUCAAAGGAUAAUUUGGAGAAGAGAAGAAGAUGCUCCAUUUAAAUCAAGGGUAGCCCGUCGAUUUGAGAUCAGCAAGGAUAUGGAGUUCCUUUUCACUGAUGAUCAAAACCGCAAAAUUGAUUGCAUCAGGUAACUUACGUUACGUUGUCUCUCCGGUUAUAUUCUGUUUUGCAUUUGAUAAUUUUCUCCAACUAUAAGCAUUUCUCAACAAAAAAUUAGUUAUAGUUUUUAUUAAUCAAUUAUUCUUCUUUUUAGAGCACAUAGGACCACACUGCAGGUCCGAGUCAUGGGGAAACAGCGCGAGAAAGCCAGGGAGAAUAAAAAUAAACACGGGCAAGGUGACUAAAGGCCGGUUUACACCAUCAUAUUCAGGUCAUAUUUGCAUCACAUAUUUUAUGUGAUCACAGAAUGUGAUCGUGUAAACGACCUUACAAGUUGCUUGAAGCUGUACGAAGCAGCAAGAAUUAAUCCUUUUUAAUUGCCUGUUAAUUUGAUGUCACAGAUUUUUCAUUUGAUUAACGAUCAAAUGGAAAGUCUGUGAUGCAAUUUUUUCAAAGGCACCCACAAGUCUUUGCUGUCCUGGGUAGAUCAUAUAUUACUUUAAGCACAAUCUCGCCAUUGGCAAAUCCUGUUAAAGAGUGUCUAACUUAUCAUCUUACUGUGAAAAAGUAGUUUAAGCCAUUGGAGAUCGGAUGGAAGUAUAUCCAAAACAUUAUUAACACUGCCAGAAAUAUUUAUUAGUAUGGUACCAACCAUACUAUAAUAGAAAAGUAUGUCAGCAAUUAAGUCAAAUUUCCUAAUAAGCCAAGUUUCAAUUCAUUUGAAUGAACAUACAGAAAAUGUUAGUCACCACCGUCCUGGGCAUCACCCCAUGUCAUUAAAUGGGUUCUUUUGAUUGCAGACCACUCAUAGCGACACCUGAUGAUAGAGAGGGCGUUGCAAGUAUACUUAAGUGCUUUUACAUUAUGAUGGCUCAAGCUCAGGUUCUACAACUGCCAACAAUGCAAGAAUUUGAGUCCUUCAACUUGAUGGAAAUUUGGUGUCGAUUGAAAGACAACGAGGAGGCUACAAUUGCAUGGUGCAGGCAACAUAGGCUGCUUUUGACAGAAAAAGAGUGCGAUGUAUGCCAGGUACCUUGU